CAUUUUAUUUUAUUAGCAGCUAGAAUAAUAUAUAAAGUAUCAAAGAUGGCUACCGCAAUGUAUUUGGAGCAGUAUCUUGACAGUCUGGAAACAUUACCUGCUGAAUUGCAAAGAAAUUUCCAACUUAUGCGUCAGCUUGAUGAAAGAUCGGAAGAAUUGAAAGUAGAUAUUGAUAAUCUAACGAUGGAUUAUGUAGAAGAAGCAAAAAAUCUACCACCAGAUGUCAGAGUUGAGAGUAUCAAAAAAAUUCAAAAUUCUUACGCCAAAUGUCGUGAGUUCGCUGAUGACAAGGUUCAACUUGCAAUGCAAACGUACGAAAUGGUUGACAAACAUAUCAGGAAAUUAGACUCGGAUCUUGCAAGAUUCGAAGCCGAUUUAAAAGAGAAAUCUAUUCAUGAUUCAAACGUCGCUGGGACUUCAAAAGCUGAUACAGACAGCGGUCCUUCAGAUAAAAAGCGCCGCAAGAAAGGACGAGCCGCGAACUCUGAGGACGAAUCAAAAUCAAGCAAAAAGAAACAUAAAUCCGGACUAGAUCAAUCAUUGUCUUCUGUACCUCUCGUCUCUGGAAUAUCUGCGUACUCGAGUUCAGAUGUUCUAGAUAUGCCUGUUGAUCCAAAUGAACCAACGUAUUGUCUUUGUCACCAAGUUUCUUAUGGUGAAAUGAUUGGAUGUGAUAAUCCAGAUUGCCCCAUCGAGUGGUUUCAUUUUGGUUGCGUUAAUUUAACAUCAAAACCAAAAGGAAAAUGGUUUUGUCCUAAAUGUCGUGAAGAAAGAGAUAAAAAGAAACGAUAGCUUUUAUUUUCACCGAGAAAUAUUAAAAAUUACUCACGGGUAAUAUUCAAACGUAAAUGUUUUUAUGUUCAAAACUAAACUCACUGCCGUUUUUCAUAGGCAGUUUGUUAGUAAAUAUUUUUCUAUAAUAUCUGAUAACUACCAGUGGGUAUUAAUAUCUAGAUUUUGAUUACUAGUCAAAAAUAUUUUGUAUCAAGGCAACAAUAUCUUCAUAAAUAAUAUAUAAAACUAAUAUGGUUCAUCCUGAUAUUCUGAGAAUCAAAUGCUCCGGAUUCGAAGCUGUGUUUUCUUGAGCAAGUUUCCACUUUAUAAUUUCACAUUUCGCUAUUUUGUCAACUUCCACUGCUCCACCACAUUCACACUACAUUCAUAAAAAAGGUGUAUUCAAGUUGACUGUCUCUUAAACCGCUGAGAUGUAAAGAGCUACAGUUAAUUGCACUUUUGGCGCUUGGUGGGUGCCGGUGAACACUGAUUUCUAAUAGGCUGCUUUGUUGUUCGCUGAAUAUAAUUCUGUCAUCUAAUCUAAGUUCUCUGCAUCAUUAUUUUAUUGUAUUUGUUGAUUUUCACCCAAGGCAAGGCCGAAGAUGCUAGAAAGAAAAAGCUAACUUAAAAUGUCUAGAAGUGAGAUGCAAAUAGCUAUUUCUUUUGUUUAGUGCUUGCUAGACGAUGGUGAAAAAUCUUUUCCGUUAAACUGCCAAGUUGUUUUCGAAAUAUAUGUUUAUACUUGAAUUGAAUUUAUUUAUCCCUUGCAACAUUUUUUAUUGUAUUUGUUGAUUUUCAUCAUAUAUAAUAUCUUUAUGUCUCAUUGUUUUUGAUAUUUUCUCAG